GACAGUCCCGUCAUCUUCUUGUGAGCUGAUAACGUACCCGAAACCAUAUAAAGACCAGAAGCAGGAGAAGCAACAGAAUGGCGUCUUCCUCUCUGCGAUUCAAGGCCAGCCCCUCGGCAGGAAUGAGCGCUGUGGGCCCAGUGCACCCACGCAGACUUGUCAGCAUAUGCCGUCGCCCCGUCGUCGCCCGUGUCGCCGAGAUGACGAACGGCAACGGCCUUCACAACGCUGAGCGGGCCAUCGACGUCUCCACCAUGCUCAAGGACUGGAACCCGCUCACCGGCACGCAUCUCGUGGCAUGGGGCAGCGAUAGCGAUGACGAGACUGGCUCUCAGCUGAUGGAGCUGCCGGCGGCGGGCGCCGCCCCCGAGUACGCGCCGUCGUGGGAGGACACAGUGCUGGGCAGCGGUCUGGAGUCACAGCCGUGGAUCGACUACCGAUACGACUCUGACGGGGAGGAGGUGGGCGUCGCGGUGCGGCCGGGCGCACGUGCCGGCGAGGUCGCCGCCGCCGGCCCCAGCAACGCCUACAGCGCGGAAGGCGGCUUCCAGGAGGUGCCUCCUCAUGAGCUGGCCGAGCGGCUGGCCACGGGUCAGGUGGCACUGGUGUUGGACGUGCGCAGCCGAGAGGAUUGGGAGGCGGAGGGCCACAUCGCGGGGGCCGUGUGCCUGCCGCUGGACCCAGAGCUCAGCCAGGCCGUGCGGGCGGGUGAGCUGGAUGAGUACCGGACCCGGCCCGUGGUGGUGGUGUGUGCCACCGGGCGCCGCUCGGCACAGGCGGCGGUGCGCCUUUCCAAGGUGUUUGGCUUCACACACGUGACUAACGCGGCCGGGGGCAUGGCGGCGUGGCAGGCGGCGGGCGGGCAGGUGCAGCGGUCGCCGCCGCGGCCGGCUGGCGGCUCCAGCGCCGGCGGCUGCGGGUGCGGCAGCUCGGGUGGUGGCGGCGGCGGCUGCAAGAGUGGCAGCAAGUAGGUGUCGGGUUAGGUGUCUCCUGGACGCGCAGAGAUGGAGAUUGGUGGCUGUCGUGGUGUGUGUUUUGUGUGUUUGGACAAUAUGGGAUACAGGCGGCGGUGCUGGAGCUCCCAUGGAGAUGACAGUAGUACGUAGAAUCAGUCGCUUUCGGAUGCUAGAAUGCGCGCCCUUGAACAAUACGAGCCGCUGUGUAGAGUAGAGACGAGGAAAGGAACGGACGCUUUGCAGCUCCGUCGCUAACGCAGGUCUUGCGCAGUUGCAUUGUCCUAGUACUAGUAGUGUUUUAUAUGCUCUCAACCCAGAUGGAUGGCUUGUCCUGGCGAGUGGGCACGGGGAUUUAAGAACUGUAUCAGAGAGUGAGGAAAGGCUUCAUCGCCAUCAUCGGCAUGAUGACGGGGCACCUGGGCUACGAACAUGGCGUGAGCCAAUCGAGCAACUGCCCAAUACCGCAAAAGGCCAACACACCACGUAAAAUCCCACGGGUACACCGCAGUAAUAAAGGGAGUCCAUCGCAGGACACCUGCCAUACUGCAGACCUGCCACCCGGCGCAGUCGGCUCCACCGGCAUUGCCGUACGUACUCCAUUGCCCCAAUGCACACAGGAAAAGCGCGGUUGAAAGAGCAUUCAAGCCACUCAGCAUCAAGCCGUUCCUCUACUUCCUCGUCCCCGUGCUUCCGCAGUCCGGUCACACGUACAUGUGCGCGCAGGGAGCGCGUGUCUCGCGCAAUACCCGCACACCGCUGAGGCGCUGGGAAGCACCAGGGGGCCUUGCAAUGGAUUACUGGCAGUCGGGAUCCAUGUCAUCAACCAGGCCAUCACUGCGAGCGGGUGGGGAGCGACGAACAGGG